UCGUUGGAGAUUCGUUCUUGCAUGCAGGCUGACUGACAGGGUAGCGUUAGAUGCGCUGUGUUCGCGAGAGCAUCCGAGUAAAAAGAUGACUCGGGAAACAAAUACCUUGAAAACCAGCAAUGGUAUGCGUCAAGAACAAACACUGGCAAUAAUGAGAUACUCCAUGCACUUCAUCUGCUAAAAAAUAAAGCAUACAUGUUACUGCACUUCUACUUGCAUUCGUCAACUUUUAGUGAAACUAACACCGAAAAAAAAUAAUUAUGACAAGAGUGACCACAAUAACAAAUCAACAGCAAGGCACGGGUUUAAAAAUAACUGUUCAAAGUUUUCACUUUUGGAGAGAGGAAGUCUCCAUAUCCGUAAUGAUUCAGCUUUGUGCAAAGCCUCUGAGCACGCAAAAGGGAGCUGCGCACUGACGUUACAACUACGACCACGUACCAAGAGCGAGGAAUAGAACCUAUUAUUAUACUUCGCAGCACCUUGCAGGGACAGCACAGUCGCAAGUCUCGCUAAGCCCCUGGUUCCGACAACUUCAGGAGAAUACCCUCCACAGUUUCAGUAUGAUCCAUACUCGAUAUUCAGUGUCUAAAUACGUUCACUUGGUAUCUGUUUAAAUCGCGGAGCAACUUUGGAAAUUAGAUUUUUCUUUUUUAACUGGCUGAUGCGAUUUUUGUCAUUAGAGGAAUGAUGUGGACCUUACAUGACGGAAUUGGAUUUGUUUUCUUUUCUGGUCUAUGUGUCCAGAUGGGAUUCACUCUUCAAGGGAGGUUUACCAAGAUACCUGCCAACAUGACUGCUAAAGUGGGACAGAACAUUGAAAUGGAGUGCGCCUUUCAAAGCGAAACAGCCUCGGUGUACUUGGAGAUUCAGUGGUGGUUCAUUAGAGCGCCGGAGGAACCGAGCUCCAGCGAGGAAGAGACAGCCACAGAGAUGGACAUCACACCAGAAAUUGAUCCAGAUGAUGAAGGAACCAAGAUAAGUACAGUGAAAGUGCAGGGGAACGACAUCUCCCACCAGCUCCAGAGAUUUCGGGUUGACAAGAGCGACGAGGGAAUGUACGAGUGCCGGGUCAUCGACGCCAAUUACGGAGAGCUGCGGGAGUACAAGGUCCAGGGCUACCUGAAGAUCAACGCCACGGCACGGCCCCGGCCACCCAACAAGACGUCCCCCCUGCACCUGACGGACAAGAAGCCCCGCAAGAGCGGCUCGACGACGGGGCAGGACAGUGGCAUGAGCGCAGACCAGAGGCCCUCCAGCUCUUCCUCACAGAUGUCAUCGUCCAAAACAAUCAAACACACCCCAGGUUCAGGUACAAGGAUAGCCACACGCCACGGACUUGCUAUCCUGCUUCUCACGUGUGGCUUUGUGAGGGGCGCAUUGCUAUAGUUUCAAGUGUUGACUCUUUUAUUCUCCUCCCCUCCCCUCCCCUCCCCUCGCCACACACACAUGAUAUCAUCCUCUCCUCUCGAAGCAAAGAGAAAAUUGCCUGCUAUUUCCAUGGAGUGGUCAGCACAGUUGGCCCUUACUUCAAAGCACCACUCUGCACUCGACGAUGCAUUCUAAUCACCUUUCACCGGAUGCACCUUUUCUACCCCACCUUAGCCAAUACUGUUGUAGUGCACAUUUAAUUUCACAUGCCCCUUAAAAAUACAAAAUCCACGGACAAGGACAGAGAUUACAGAUAUAUAUAUUUCACAGAAAUAUUUUAUUUUAUUUUAUUGUAUUGUUUUUCUUCUUUCUUUUUAAAAUCAUUUCCCUGCAGUGCAUUUCAUGUAAUGUUUCAGAAAUGAAAAACAAAAUCUAUAUUUGUGUUUAUAUUAUAUGACUAUAUACAAAAAAAAAAAAAAACAUUGUAUACAUAUGUAGUUAGAUCAUUGCUUGACUCAAAAGCCCCAGUGUCCUGGACAUUCAUUGCAUUAAUUGAGGGUUUGUGAUCAUUUUCUAGAACCAUCUCCCAGUGGUCAAAGAAAAAACAUGCAUUAUACAUUAGUUUACAGUACGCGGCGCUUUUAGCCGCUAAUGGAUUUCUGCUGGACUGUGUGAUGAGAUGUUAGCAUGGUCAGCAAUACUGGUCUGACAUGCGUUGCGGUGUUGGCCGUAGGUCCAUGCAGAUCGCUCAUCAUGUUUGUUUUGGGUCUCUUAUUUGGCAUAAUAAACGUUGGCUGGGGUUGUUCUCUUCUCUUCCCCUGAUUGGUAUUCUGGUAGCACCACCGGAGCAACAGAGGCUCAUUCACUCACUCUCAAACACACUGCUUUUGUGCCACCGUGUUGAUAGACAAUUAGGUACCACAAGGCAACAAAUUACAAAAGCAAAAGUUCCACACUGUUGGUCUUUUUAUGUCAUUUCAGUUUGGAAUAUUAUAGCUCUGCCUAGCCAAGGCAACCUCCUCUGACCAAUUCAACAACUGGAUUUUCGAAAAAUACAAUACAUUUGAACUUCAUACAAAAUAUAUUGAAUCUAUCUAUAACGUUGGGUCUGGGUAUGACAUGCCUUUCAUGCUGUGCACAGUCUGACAUAAGACAUGACAUAGAUGUUUCAUAUUGUUAUAUUCAAAGUACCCAGACUCUUAACGAGACAAUGCCUUUUGUGUUGGACACUACAUAACAUUUUAUGAAGCACAAUGCAGAGGAUACUAAAUGCUUUGAAGUAUUUGUGUCGAUGACAUCUGCUUCAUAAGGCCCGGCACAAGUACCCUGUAACUAAUAGAUGUGUCUUUCCUAACAUCUAUGCCAUGUGUUACAAAACAGCAAAAAAUAGAACGAAGAACCUUGGAAAUGCAAUCACUGUGCAUAACAAAGCAGGAAACUGGCACAAAGUGGGUGUCAGUGGAGAAGGGGCAUGAAUAUGGAAUGGCUUACCAGUCUCAUAAUACUCCAUGCCUUGACAAUCGGCUUCCCAUGGCAACAUUCACCACUUACAAUACAUGUCGUGCAUAACGCAUGACUGUCUGGAAUGGCAGGUUCUUCCUCCUUAAGCAUUGGUUACCUAAAAGGAAUUAAGAAGCUCACCAGUCAGGCUUGACUGUUUUAGAAAAGGUUAGCACAAGACAACAAGGCCCUAACCCAUUUGUUAGCAUUCAACCAAAGACAGACACAAGACACAAGUCAGUGAUUCUUUCCUGAGUGGGUUUAAUUUCGAGCUCUCUUGUAUUAUGCCAAAUGUCCCUUCUCAUUUUCAUGCGACAACAUUUUAUUUGGCUUUUUGGUUCUUUUAUCAAUUCUUUACAUUAUGUUCAUCCCUCAGAUUGUGGCCACUGUCUAGGUUUUUUCACCAUUUGGCCAGAAACCAUGCUAGCCAUUCUUUAAUUCAUUGAUUGGAGGGCCCGUGUGAGCCAUUCAGUGGGAACCUUUGGUGGAAUGAUCAUUACACACUUCAUCAGCUGUGCUUUAAACCACAUGAGACCCCCCCCACCCCCACCCCCACCCCAUCCCACACACACACACACCCACCCCCCAGCCCAGGGCUUUAAUUAGUCUUGAGCUCAUCUUGCAGGGGUGACCACAGGGUUAAACCAAUGUUUAAAAACCUGUAAGACUCACGUGUAAGAGAAUGGAUAAUUGCAGAACACUGGUCCUGCAGUCUGACUCGUAAAUUGGAGGGUGUCUGUGAUUAUCACUGGUAGGCUUAUGUAUGUAAAUUAGAUGGUGGUUUCAAUUGAGUCUACUGUGAUGUGUUAUAUUUUCUCAGAUGAAGUCUGAUGAAGCCUAUCAUGUGAUUUUGGGGUCAUUUUUAAAAGACAGAAAAAGCCAUUGACUUUCACUUAAUUUCACAUUUCUGUUGGGCAGCUUGGUCUGUGUUGACACUUUGAUUUUCCUAGUGGGUUCUGAUAAUUCACAGCUCUAAAGGACAGUAACUGCAUUUGUACAAAGUUUUAGGCAACUCCCUUGUACAGCCAGAGAAGUCUGUCAAGAAGAAAAAAGAAACAGACACAUUUGUACAGUAGACCCUCACAGCAUGAAACUUCCCUGUUUUUUGUUUUUUUUUAAUAUGUGAAACACCAAGAGACAAAGAAGUGGUGUUUUUGCUGAUACAUUGUCAUGUGAACUGACCACGUUUAAAAACAAACAAAAAAAAUGAAAAAAGAACUGUUCUUGCAGCAUUUCAAGCAAGAUGCAGGUGCCAAAAUCCAUCAGAUUGGAAAUCUCCAAGGAAAGCUAUCCAUUUUAUGGACCAUACCCCUUAGACGUAACACAUGGAUGGAUAUUACCUUUCCUCGGUGGAUUUUUUUUUCAGGAGACAGAAGUUUUUUUUUUCUUGUUUUGGAAUUACAUCUGAAAUCAACUAUUGGAUCUAAGAGGAUUGCUCUUAUGUAUUGUUUACUGAAAAGGUGUCCGUUUUCUCUUUUUUGCACAUAGCAAAUGAUACUAUAUGACCACCACAAAUCAUCAUGAAGUAUAUUGUUGAUACUAUAUGUAAAGAAAAAAUAUAUAUACAGUCUAUAUAUUAAUUUUUCUUAAGAUAACUUGUUGAGGUUAACACAAGAUCCCAACAUGACAUUUAUGUAUUUUUUAAGUAUCAUUUUAUUGUCUUAUCAUUUGAAUGCAAUCUUUCUGUCAGUGAGACAUCGUACUGACCUUGCUAAAUUUCUUUCUAUUAUAAUAAUAAUUAUUAUUAUUAUUAUUCAUGUUUGCUUUCCUUGGUACUUUGUGGUGUGUCUUUGCCAAACACUGUGGCAAUUUAUAACAGCAGUGUGUGAAUAUCAUAGAAAUAAAACAUCUUUACAGAUGGGA